CGUUUGGCUCGUGAGCGCAAGCCGCCACGCGCCGCGAAGCGCGGUGUGUGACGCGGCCCAGGGCGCUUGUGGCCCAGUGGGCCAUGUCUGCCAAGGACUUGGUACUGCGAGUGCUGGUGGUGGUCACAAUACUGUGGGCCGCUCAAGUGCUAAAGGAUGGCUACAAGGAGAUUCAGGAGCGACGCCUGAAAAAUCCGGAUGCAGCCAAGGUGAACGUCAUGGAUGACGUCUUUCUGGGUGUGAUCUGCUUUGUAGGGAUGUUGGUGGCCCAGCUACUCUUCCGUCAGCUGUUUGCCGUGGUGGCGAGGGCCAUGAUCCCAAAGAAACCCCGCUGGUCCCACACCGUGUGGGGAGCCAAGGUCACAAGAUGUUGCGAUUCCAUCUUCAAGUGUGCCUACUAUUGCGCCAUGACGGCAUGGUGUUUUGCUUUGCUGAAAGAUGAGCCUUGGCUCCCUCGACUUCUGGGGGGUCGUGGUGAAACGAAGGCCUGUUGGACGAACUAUCCCUUCCAGGAAGUGUCCGCAGACUUGCGGCGUUUCUACCUGACGGCCGUGGGCUACCAUUGUAGCGAGGUCGUACUGCUACUUUUAGAGGUGAGACAUCCCGAUUUCUGGGAAAUGAUGCUUCAUCACCUAGUAACGUGUUGCCUGGUGCUCUUUUCUUUUGGCCUCAACUACUUGCGUGUUGGGAGCUUAGUGCUUUUGCUCCACGGCAUUACGGACAUUUUCAUCAACCUGUCCAAGGCAUUAGUGGAUACCUCCAACACACGUUUGAUCGUGGCGUCCUACUUUGCCCUGGUGGUAUCCUACGUAUGGUUCAGAAUUUUAGUCUUCCCCAUUUCCAUCAUGUGGAGUGUCUGGGUGGAGAGCAUUCCUGAGGCAGCAUGCGGGCCGGGGAAAAUCGUGUCCUGGUCCUUCAUGAACUUUGGCUUGUUUACUAUUUUCCUGCUCCACAUGUACUGGUUCGGCAUGAUCAUCAAGAUCGGAACCUACUACAGGCAAACGGGGCAAGCCCGCGAUUUGCAGUCGAACCUCUCCUCCAUGGAUUUUGGUGACAAGAAGCGAAGCUGAGAGCGAGAAAAACCACCGGUGGUGGACUGGUGUCUCAACCCUGCAAGUCUGGAUGAAAAUGAACGAGAAAGUCUGGACACGUCUGGAGGAACACGAAAAAAGAUAGAAAAUCUGGAGGUUUG